AUGGUGGCCAAGCGCAAGGGCCAAGGCGAGCCCGAGAAGCAGAAACUGCUGGACCUGGCAUCCUUCGGCAGGGACCUCCUGGUGGGCGGCGUCGCGGCCGCCGUGUCCAAGACGGCCGUGGCGCCCAUCGAGCGAGUGAAGCUGCUACUGCAGGUGCAGGCGUCGUCCAAGCAGAUCAGCCCCGAGGCGCAGUACAAGGGCAUCAUGGACUGCCUCGUGCGCAUCCCGCGGGAGCAGGGUUUUUUCAGUUUCUGGCGUGGCAAUUUGGCAAAUGUCAUUCGAUAUUUCCCAACACAAGCUCUGAACUUCGCUUUUCGGGACAAAUACAAGCAGAUUUUCAUGUCAGGAGUUAACAAAGAUAAACAGUUCUGGAGGUGGUUUUUGGCUAAUCUGGCUUCAGGUGGAGCUGCUGGGGCAACAUCCCUGUGUGUAGUCUAUCCACUAGAUUUUGCCCGAACUCGAUUAGGGGUUGAUAUUGGAAAAGGUCCUGAAGAGCGGCAGUUCAAAGGUUUAGGAGACUGCCUCGUCAAGAUCGCCAAAUCCGAUGGUGUCACCGGUUUGUACCGAGGGUUUGGUGUUUCUGUGCAGGGCAUCAUCGUGUAUCGAGCCUCUUAUUUUGGAUGUUAUGACACAGUUAAGGGCUUAUUACCAAAUCCAAAGGACGUCCCAUUCCUUGUGUCAUUUUUCAUCGCUCAGGUGGUGACUACCUGCUCUGGAAUACUGUCCUACCCCUUUGACACAGUCAGGAGACGUAUGAUGAUGCAGAGUGGCGAGGCCGAGCGCCAGUACAGUGGGACCAUAGACUGCUUCUUGAAGAUCUACAGACAGGAAGGCCCAUCAGCUUUCUUCCGAGGAGCCUUCUCCAAUGUCCUGAGAGGCACAGGCGGUGCCUUGGUGCUGGUCUUGUAUGAUAAAAUCAAAGCGAUGUUAAAUAUCGAGGCCGGAGGCGGUUCAUCAGAGUAAUUGGCGCUGAGUCCUGAGCUUCCUUGCUCGAUGCACACAUUGCUGAGCUAUCAUCAGUACACAUACACAUCAGUAUUUUCUUCGAUUACUAAUUCUGUAAUAAA